AUGGUGGAGGUGGUGGAGAGCUGUAAACGUAUGGUGGUGGUGAAGACUUGUAGUCUACCUUCGGAGAAGGAGAGUAGUAUGGUGGAGGUGGUGGGGAGUUGUAAACGUAUGGAGGUGGUGGAGAUUUGUGUUCUACCUUCGGAGAAGGAGAGUAGUAUGGCGGAGGGGAUGGAUGAUGAAACUUUGAACCUAUAUGAUGAUGAUGAUGAUGAAUAUUUGAGUGGUAAUGAGAUGAUGAAUCAGAAUGAAGAUGGUCAUGAUUCUGUACAAGAUGAUUCUACAAGUGCGGCUGGGAAUAGAGGAAGGCAGAGACGUAACAAGCGGAGGCAUUCAAAGUGUUGGAAGCAUUUUGAAAUUGUAGGAGAUAAAUUGCCUGAUGGGACUACUAAAGUUAUUUGCAAGCAUUGUGAGUAUUCCUAUUUCAUAGGGAAUAGAGGAAGGCGGAGACGUAACAAGCGGAGGCAUUCAAAGUGUUGGAAGCAUUUUGAAAUUGUAGGAGAUAAAUUGCCUGAUGGGACUACUAAAGUUAUUUGCAAGCAUUGUGAGUAUUCCUAUUUCAUAGAUCUAAGCAAUGGGACUAAUACUUUACUGCGUCAUAGUAGAGUUUGUUCAAAGAAUCCUGGAAGCACACCUAGAAGUAGGAAGUUUGAUAUAAUGGUCUUCCGUGAGAUGAUUGCUGGUGCUAUUGUUGAGCACGAUCUUGCAUACUCAUUUGUUGAGUUUAGAAGAAUUAGAGAAGCUUUUGAGUAUGCGAAUCCUAGUAUUGAGUUUUGGUGUAGAAACACUGCUGUGUCUGAUGUUCGUAAGAUAUAUGAGAAUGAGAAAGCUGGUAUUAGGAAGGUUUUGAGUGAAGUUCCUGGGAGGAUAUGUUUUACUACUGAUUUGUGGAGGGCAAUCACUGUAGAGGGGUAUUUAUGUCUGACAGCUCAUUACGUUGAUAAUUGGAAGCUAAAGGCGAAGAUACUGUCAUUCUGUGCUUUUCCCCCACCUCAUACUGGUUAUAGUAUUGCUAUGAAGGUGAUGGAGUUAGUGAAAGAAUGGGGAUUAAAGAAGAAAGUGUUUACAGUGACUGUCGACAAUGCUUCUUCAAACGACAAUAUGCAAGGGGCACACGUUCUGAACCUGAUUGUUCAAGAUGGGUUGGCGGUGAUUAGUGAUUCCUUAGAGAAAAUCAGGGAAAGCGUGAAGUUUGUAAAGUCUUUAGAGUCGAGAGAGAAAAUGUUUCAGACCUGUGUUGAAACUGUUGGGAGCAAGAAAGAAGCUGGUCUUGUUUUGGAUGUGGCAACGAGGUGGAAUUCAACCUUUAAGAUGUUGUCUAGAGCUCUUCCACUGAGAGAAUCAUUGCGUAAUCUCUCUGAAGUAGAUCCGAGUUACAAGUGCUUUCCAUCAGAAUUGGAGUGGUCUAGAGGAGCACUCAUCUGUAAGUUUUUGGCUCCAUUUGCUGAGAUGACAAACCUGGUAUCUGGCUCAUCAUAUCCGACUGCGAACUUAUAUUUUAUGCAAGUUUGGAAAAUAGAAUGUUGGCUGAGAACGCAUGAGACUUCAGAUGAUGAGACAAUUUGUCAAAUGGUGGAAACAAUGAAGCUGAAGUUUGACAAAUACUGGGAAGACUACAGUGAUAUACUUUCUAUUGCUGCGGUGUUGGAUCCAAGGUUGAAGUUCGCUUUCUUGGAAUAUUGUUAUGACACCUUAGAUCCAUUAACAAGCAAGGCGAAAUUCGAUCAUAUUCGAAAGAAGAUUAAAAAGUUGUAUGGAGUAUACAAGAAGGAUCCUAAGAGCACUACUGCGAGCCCUUCAGAAGCCACAUUGGUGAACAGUAUACCAGCUGGAUAUGGGGACUUUUAUGCAUUCUUUUCUCAGAAUGCGGGAACAGGAAAAUCGGCUUUAGAUGUGUACUUGGCUGAACCGGUUUUAGAUAUGGCUGCCUUUAAGACUCCAGAUGUCUUGAGAUAUUGGAAAAACAAUGCAACACGGUUUAAAGAGCUGUCCCGCAUGGUGUGUGAUGUUCUUUCAAUUCCCAUUACAACCAUGUCUUCUGAGUCGUCAUUCAGUGCCGGAAGCCGUGUUCUUAGCAAGUAUAGGAGCCGACUUCUUCCAUCAAAUCUUAAGACUCUAGAUGUCUUUUACUUGGCUGUUGUUUGA